UCAACAGGAGAGAAGUAUCUAUUGAACAUACUAUCCCAAGCGAAUAUCAAAUCACUCCCAGAGAAUGUGUUGCAUCAACUUCUCUACAAGGUUAAGAUGCAGGAGAUCACCAAUCAAACGCCUCAGAAUGCAGAGAUACUCAAGUACAUCCAGCCACUGUACCCUCCAAACCCAUCGCGUGUCCUCUCGCCCUACCUCCACAAUGACAUUGCAUCACCCAACUCCAAACGAUCACAGGACGCGCUGGUCAGCAAGCUGAUGGCCACGUCCAAUGGCGCCUUCCCACUGCCCUUCCAGCUGCUGCAGAGCUUCAUGGGUGUGGCGUCGUCCCCCGCCAUUCUGAAGGAGCUGCUGCAGCCCUACCCCAAGCUGGUCGAGUCUGACAUUGCCCAGAUCGUUGGUAUGAUGGCAGAGACCGUAUCGCAGCCCAGCUUGAGUGCCGAGGCCACUGUGCCACUGAUGACAUUCAGUGGCUCGCUCUCGACAUCACCCAUUGCCGUGCCCUCGCAGGACGAUUCUGAUUCGGCACACAAGUCUCAGGCGACAUGGAACUUCUCAGUGUUUGUCGACGUCAUCAAGGAGCUCUACCCGGCCAUCGACUGGUCGCUGGUGAUCAAGGAACUUGACUAUUCGCAGUUUGUCCUGCACGAUCAGCGUGGCCUCAACCUCAUCCUGUCGAUAUUCAAGAAGGCGUCUGCCAGUGACGCCAAGUUCCCUGUGCACUAUCUCUUGGACCACGUGUGGAGCAACUCGCUGGGACAGCUGUCGUUCCUCAAGGUGGCUCUUCAGUCUGACUUCCCCUUCCAGCUGUCAUCCAAAAGACGUCUCGAGCAGAGUGCUCUCGGCAAGGUGUCGCAGACCGUCGCCCACUGGAACUCGCUCUCUCUGAUCGACACCCUUCUAGAACUGUCCGACAUUGACGAGGAGCACUACUCCCGUGCCCGUUCACUCUUUGACUAUCCCCUCAAGCACUGUCCCGACUUCCUACUCAUGGGUCUGUCUAGUCUUGCUGAUAAGAUGGACAACAGAUUGUUCAGAGAAUUGAUUGUAUUGUUGUUCCAAACGUUGUUGUUCAAUCACAACUAUCAAGUUCUCAUAUUCCAAUUGUGGAAGGAGCAUCCUGACAUUGUAGUCAAUGGCAUGUCAGACAUCUACCUCAAGGAUCCAAGCUAUCUAUCACGAUUCCUCGAUGUAUCCCAGGAGUUAAAGAUCUUAACUCAAAUGUUGACAUUCAAACAAUAUCCAUUCGUUAUUGAGUUGGCAGUGUUGGCAUCACAACGCGAGUUCUUGUUCUUGGAGAGAUGGCUUCAGGAACGAAUGAAGGAUGAUAUACAAUUUGUUAGACAAUGUGUAUUGUACCUGGCCGAGAGGAUAAAUGGCGACUCCACUCAUAUCUCGAUAUCACCAACGAUAUUGAUGUCCCUCUACAAGACUCUGUUGGAGAGGAUCGAUACAUUCCCCACGGACAUUGCCAACGACAUCAGGGCCAUCAGUCCACGAUUCUCCGAGAUGGACUUGGCCGCCAGCCAUCCCAAUCCCAUGCCCAACAUGGCAGCGACAGCUGCUGCUCCCGAGAGCACCGAUCGACGAUUCCCCGAGGACAUUGAAGAGGAGACGAACCUCUACCUCCUCAAGCUCUACAAGGAGCAGAUAUCGGUCGAUCAGAUCAUCAUCACCUUGAAGGACUACAAGAACUCUGGGCAGAACACAAGGGAGAACGAGAUAUACAAGUGCUUGCUGUUCAAUCUCUUUGAUGAGUACAAGUUCUUGCCAGACUAUCCAGACAAGGAGCUCAAGAUCACCGCAUAUCUAUUUGGAUCGAUGAUCAAGAACCAGCUGAUUACCUCGGAGCCAUUGCGAAUCGCACUCAAGUAUGUGCUGGACGCGCUCAAGCAUCCUCAGGACACCAACAUGUUCAACUUUGGUGUCACUGCUUUGAUAUCGUUUGCCAGUCGCCUGGUCGAGUGGCCGGCAUACUGGAGCCAGAUCUGUGCGAUUGAGAACUUCCAGACAUUCUCCAAUGGCGACUUGAUCAAACAGAUCAACGCGGUGAUCGACUCAUCAGAGAUGCCCGUUCAUGGUGCCAGCAGCGACUUCCAGCGCAUCCCAUCUGGCAGCAACAUUUCAUUCAGCGACGCACUGAAUGCACAGCAUGCCAACGACAGGCGCCAAGAGGCUGAAGCCAAAGCAUCCCUCACACAACAACAACAAGCUGCGGCUGUACCAGCUCCAACAUCACCAACUCGAUCAGACAAUGCUGGUGAUGUGACCGACAACAAGAAGUCGACAGCCACUGCAACAACACCAAAGAAGCAGUCCGAGCAGCAUCCCACCGAGGAGUACUCUUCGAUGCCCAUUGGCACGCUGGUCCAGGCAUCGGAGGACAUCGUGCAGCCAGAGGAAGCUGUGAAGGACAAGAUGUUCUUCAUCAUCAACAACAUCUCCAUGUACAACAUGGAUGCCAAGGUCAAGGAGAUGAAGGAUGUGCUCAAGGCCGAGUUCUACGAGUUCCUCGCCCAGUACUUUGUUGUGAAGCGUGUCAGCAUCGAGCCAAACUUCCACAACCUCUAUGUGACAUUCAUCGACCGCAUGAAUAUACCCGAGCUCACGCAGAAGGUACUGCAGUUCACGCAGCAAAACGUCACAACUCUACUCAAGUCGGACAAGAUCAAGUCCAAGACCGAUCUGUCCGAGCGCACACUGCUCAAGAACCUUGGUGGCUUCCUCGGCCUGAUCACUCUGGCCAAGAACAAGCCUCUGCUCCAAAAAACCCUGUCGCCAAAGGACCUCCUGUUGGCAGCCGUAGACAAUGGAAUGCCUGCAAGUAGUUGUACCGUUCGUGUGCAAGCUGCUCGACUGUGGAUGCGCCACUUCCACGGUGUUCCGCCCACCCAACCCCUGGUUGAUGGCCAUCAUUCGUCUGUUGGUUGA